UGUGCCAUGGAGAAUUCGAUCACAUAACAGGCCAGUGUCCAUGAAUUUGGUUCAUUCAUCUACGCUUGGAGAUGGCGGCGCCUUCGAGUCAUGUCUGGAUUUCUCUCCUCCUCCCGAUAGACAAGGAUCGAGUCGGACUCCUUGGGCACCACCACAUGUGCCAAAGCGAAGCAAAGUCUCCCUAGCUUGCCACACCUGCCGAAGACGUAAGAAGCGCUGCGAUGGCCUCUGGCCGUCCUGUACGCCGUGUAAAAGAAGACCUGAUGGCUGGAAAUGCCAGUACCCGGAAAAGACAAUCACGGGGAAAGCGACUAUUCCUACGAGCCUACAAUUCCCUAGACCCGAUUUUGAGGCUGCUUCUCGAGGUCAAUCUAGACCUUUACCAGCAGUGGUACUAGCGACAAAUAAACCAUCGAAGCGUCCGAGGCAAGAUUUCAAUCCGCCUCCAUCAGAUGGACCUGUGCCUUCGCGAUUCGACUUUGCAGCCGAGCUUGGGAAUCUCUCGACAUCGACCCUGCCCGUGGGUGAUCCGUUGGCUCAGGUUCGACCUGAUCGUUCGCACAAAUCCCUGGUCGGUGUUUCAUGUCUUAAAUCUCACUCCGUACAACCCGUCUUAGAGAUGAGAAGUGUGUAUAGCACCGAUGCCAUGGCUGUCGUUUUUACGGCAACGUAUGAUGGCAGCGGGUUCUAUGGCAGUUCGUCAACAGUCGCGUUCCUCGACAGCGUCAUUCAAACCGCGGAGCAAGGCGAUCAAAUCCAUGAAGACGUGAGCCCGAUUCAGCAAUCCGAGUGCCUUACCAGCCGAGAACCGACCAAGGUCUUCCGUGGCGCCAAUGAUGAUGCCAUGGGACCGAACGACGGUGGUCUCGUCCUUCCCGGGAAGAGACUGGCCGACGCUCUCUUGCAGUGCUUUUGGGACGUGGUCCAUCCACUUUUCCCCGUCCUGCACCGACGCUCCUUCCUCGAAGCUUACGACGCACUCUGGAUGAGGCAUGCUCAGCCGGCGGACAGUGAGGGUAGCCAGGAAGACGAAGAAUCCAAUUCGUAUUGCAUGGUGAACAUCGUCUUGGCCCUGGGAGCCCAAUUCAACCAAGAGUUCUCUCCUGCCCAGAGAGCGCGGGCUUCCGACGAAUUCUUUCAACGAUCCAGACGGCUACUGGCACUGGAUGCCCUGGAUACUAGUUCCUUCUCGGCCGUCCAGACACUAGUUUUGACCGGCAUCUACCUACAGUCGACGAAGCAUGCCAAUCAAUGCUGGAACGUCGUCGGCUUGGCCAUCCGAGCGGCCCAGGGACUGGGGUUGCAUCUGAAUGAUGGACCAUACUCAAUCCCGGCCGAUGGCUCGGUCGAAGCUGACAUGAAUUGGCAGAUGAGAUCACGAGUUUGGUGCUGCUGUCUAAUCCUGGACCGGCUUGUAUCAAUGACCUUUGGUCGUCCUUUCAUGAUUUCCAACCACUCGUCCAACACCAUGCCUGCCCUUACAGAUGAAGAAGGUGACUCUGAAGAUGGUCAAGUCCUCGCGAGGGAUUACGUUCCCCCCUACGGUUGUUUCGUAUAUUCGUUGCAGCUCUUCGACAUCCUAGAGGAUAUCCUGUCUGCCUUGUACGCAGGAGUCACGGUGCCAUUGCGUGCCAGGGGUGAAAGCGCCACCCGGCCGAAUGUGCCUGAUCUCACUAAGGUGGUUGAGCUGGAUGCCCGCCUCAACGACUUCCACCGUGAUCUGCCCUCAUUUCUGAAACCUAGAGAGUGGUCACCUCUGGCGAGCGACUCGGCUACAUUGCAGGCCAACGUGCUUCAAGUUCGAUUCUUUCAUACACGAAUUCUCCUGCUACGUCCCGUUCUGCUGGUUCUGAUGCGAACAGAGUCUGGUCGGGUUGAAGACGACCAGACCAUGUUCCGAACGGCUCUCUUGCGGGAGAUGAGCCUGCGGAUGUCCGAGGCAUGCAUAAUCACGGCUCACGAGAUGAUUGAAUUUCUGCACCAGAGGUUGGAUACGGUUUAUCGAUCCGCCUGCUGGUACAUGGUUUAUUUCACUUUCACGUCGGCAACCGUCCUGAUUGCCGCAAAGCUGUGUCCUUCCUUGCGUGUGACGAGCGAGUCGUCACGGUUUCAGGCAUCCUGGACCAAAUGCCAGGCCAUUUUGGAGUAUCAUAAAUCACAAAGUCAAUCUGCUUCGAGAGGCCAGCAGAUUCUACGUGCUUUGGACGACAGGGUUUCGUCUCUGCUGACGCGAUCCACUGUGGCGACCUCGUCAGCUAAGCAAUAUAGCGGUGAUGCCGGUGUUACUAAUCCCACAGGGUCGACUAGCAGCGGCUUCUUCAAAGGCUUCGCGCAAGACAAGUCCCGCCGGGACUCUUUCUCUGAAGACUGGUUGUUGAACGACUUUGCGACCAACCUGGACUUCCUCGACCUCUGAUACCGGCAAGACUCAGUGUGUCAUGUGGCAUGUUCGGUGCAACCCGGAAGAGCAGUUGUGCGCAUGUGAGGGGUCUACACGUGGUCUCCCAACGCACCGGGGAAGGGAGAAGUUCAAGGAAUGCGCCACCACAACCAGGCUGUACAGGCUCGGAUCUAUCAUGAUACCUUAUGGUCAUCGGGAGCAAGUUUACCAAACACCAAGGGAAAACGACAACGCACGCGCCCUUGUUCAUAGAGUAAAUCAACCACUGCAAACUCCAAACCAAC